AUGCAUUGUACAAUCAACAGGUCUGAACCCGGAUUCACCCAAUACAAUCCAAAUAUUGUAUUGGACUGUUCUCAAGCUUUUACAAACUCCUCCUUGUGUAUCCUAGCAUGUCAGACAUAUUUGUGCUCUAGUUCAAACAGCAUAGAUGGCAACUGUUGUUUUCAUGCCAGUAACCAGGAAAAAUAUCAGAGUUCAAAGGACAGUGUUGUCACAUGCAACUUUUCCUUUCUUUCAUUUCAUUUCUUGAUGCUUUCAGCAAUGUCUUCCACAAAACAUCGACCAAACCCAAGAAAACGACCAAUCGACCUUGUAACUCCUGAAUUCCCUCCUCUACCUGCCAUAUCAUCACUGAAGGCAACUGUAGAAUUUGCUGCCAAGUCACAAGAAGCUCUGCGUUCGAUCCCCACCAUUUCCACCAACCUUGCCUCUCUGUUUCUUCCUCUGAUUUCUCCUAAUCGACUUCAACGGCGAUUUAGAGUCGAGGAAAACACAGUGUUUGUGGUUAUGACAAAGUCUUAUCCCCUCUUGAAGAACGAACUUGACUUAUUUAGUGUAAAAGACUUUUACGGAAUUUAUGUACGAGGCCCAGUUGGAGUUGGAAAGAGCUAUUUGCUGUAUUUGCUGGCUGCUGAAUAUCGCCUGAACCGAGAAAAUUACAGAGUCACCUACAUCAAUAAUUGUGCUGCAUGGAGAGCAUACAAGUUUGGAUAUAUCCUCAGAGAACUUGUCACUACAUUUUAUGAUGAUACUAUUGGAGAAAAGUCUAUCGUGGAAUGGUGUCAAGCAGUUACUGAGAGUAACAAAGAAGAAGAAAUGAUGAUGAUGAUGAUGGAGUCACUUGUCAAUUAUAUUCACCUGAAUAAGCUUCAAUGGAUUGUAAUUUUUGACCAACACAAUGCUUUGUUCGAUCCUUCGGUUAUCAAGGAUUUCCCUUUCAGUCUCAUCAACUACCUUUCCAACCACCAAAACUCGAACAUCAAGAUAAUUGUUUCAGCAUCUGCCAGCAACGAAGGAUAUCCAACUAAAAUGAAAGGUUGGCAUACUCACGAUCUCUCGAGUCACCGCUUUGACCAAGAAGAAUUCAAGGUGUGGUGUGACCAUUACUUGCUUGAAGAUAACACAAAAGUCGAUCACGAAUCUGAAGAGGCUAUGGAUGCGUUGUUCUGGACGGGUGGAGUUCCAUACGAAUUGGAUUUGCUUUGGAAGCAACCAGAAAAAUGUUUGAUUGAAAAGACAAUACUCUAUCGAAGGGAACGAUUCAGGGAUAUGGCUUUCAGUCAUGGCAAGUUUUGUGACAAGUUAUCGGAUGAAAAGAAAAACAAUCUUAAAGAAUGCAUCUCUCGCAUGGCUCUAAGACUAUCACCUCCCGAAAUUAACAUUGGAAUGGACCGACAACUCUUUAAUAUUAUUGAAGAUGAAGACGGCCAUAAAAUCAUUACUGCAUUGAAUCCCGUAGCUCGUCGUGCAUUGCUAGGCUACCACGGUCGUGGUCUUAUGACUUCCCUUGGGUUUGUUGCUGAAAUUGUUUUGAAAGAAACAUACUAUCCCAACAGCAUUAAGGGUAAAAUUAGCGAAAUGUACAUCACUACUAUGCUGGAAUUAUCGCAGCUCUUUACUUUUGAAUUCAGAAAGGUUGCAAAUAUUGCUAAAAUUGGAUCACCAGAAGAUUCUACUGAAAGAAAGAGUAUUGAAAUCAAGUCCGUGGUUCGUUUUUUGACAAACAAGCUACCCCCAAAGACAUCCUUCCACAAGAACAUCACGAGCUUGUUUGUUCCCGAAUCUCCGAAUUAUCCUAGAUUUGAUUUCUUUUUGUGGGAUUCAAAACGUCAAAUUAUGAUGGGAUUUCAAGUAACAGUUCACAAUCCGUUUUCUGAUCAUCCAAAAAUGACCAAUUCACAGACAUGGCAGCGAUUUUGCUUUGGUAAUUCCAAACAAACCCCGAUGGAAUUGUAUUGGGUUGUACCGAAACGCUGCAUUGGAACAGAUACUGCAUCGGUUGUGAAUGAUUCUAUUAUAUUGUUUGAAGAUUUGAUUUCCGAUUUUCCUGCGUUAGGAAAGUUGAAUCAUUGA